AUGGUGUUAGUGAAUGCUUAUUCUCAUGCAGACAUCACGUCGGCCCAAAGGAAGACUGUUGUCUGGAAGAAAUUUGUUUGCACAUGUGUUGAUAUUAUGAGUGUUGGCAAUGUGUCUGCUACACUAAGUGGCGUCACUGUGCUUAGCGGCACAAACUUUAAGACUUGGAAAAACAAGGUGACACUUCUUUUGGGAUGUAUGGAUCUGGACCAUGCAUUAAGAGAACCAUGUCCUGCAACUCUUACAGAUCAAAGCUCUCUUGAGGAUAGGAGAGUUUUUGAGAGGUGGGAGAGGUCUAAUCGCAUUGGUUUGAUUAUCAUAAAGAAUACAAUCCCGGAGACUUUUCUGGACACUAUGUCUGAGGAAAAUGAUGUUAGGCACUUUCUCGACACCCUCGAGGAACGCUUCAUAAGAAGUGAUAAGGCGGAGAUGAGUGCUGUCCUAAGAAAACUUGUCUCUAUGCGGUAUAAGGGUGAUGGGAACAUACUUGAGUACGUUCUCGACAUGUUUCAUCUAGCUGGGAAAUUGAAAGGCUUAAAAAUUGAGUUGCCAGAAGAUGUUCUGGUGCAUUUGGUUUUGAUUGCCCUUUCCUCCUCGAUUCAGUUAGUUUGA